AUGGACGCACGCCAUUUGCAGAAGUCCUGGAAUUCUGAAGGCGAUCUGCUGGUGGGUGCUGCCCUCUCCACUGUAGCAUUUACGGUUACGCCCGGUAAAAGCGCAGAAACGGCGAACGUUGACCUUGAACAAAUGGGUAUAUGCGUCGCCCUUUGCGGGAGGGUGAAUCGGAGAUCACCGUCGGCCCUCAAUGCCAGCCGUGGUCUUCAUGCAGAGGGCCUCAAGGUAGUGCUCUUCGGUUCAGUUCUAGGGCCAGGGCAGGUUACUGACCCUAACGUAUCGCAUACCGGUUUUGUUGAUACGCACAGCGACAAUCUAGUCUACCUCUCCGUGGAGCAUGGCUUCGGAUUGGAUACUCGCUCUGCAGUAACCGAGGCUCUGACUAUCUCUGCUUCGGUUACAGAUACGACUUCGAGCACGUACGUUGUACCAUCUUUAAGACUCCAGUGCGUGUUCUACGAUUUGCUUCGACGCAUCAUACAACGACGUGACCAAAGUCACCGUAGAGCUGCUCCGGCGGGUAGGACUUGCACCGCUACGGUGAUUAUAGAAGCUACCUGCAAGACCAACUUCAAUGACACUCUCUCCACGCCAAAAGCGUAUGAAUUCCCUACCUUCAGGCCCUAUACAGGUUCCAUCAAACAUGCCGGAUUAACCAAGUGUCCGUCCUGCUACGAAAGAGUGCUCAAAGAUCUAUGA